AGUGCCAGUUAGUGCCAGUUAGUGCCAGUUAGUGCCAGCCAGCCCUUGUACUAUACAGCAACCACAUGUCAGCACUGUGCUUGCCCGAUUGGGUAGGUAUUGCCUUUCUUCCGUCCUAAUGAACUAGCGAUUUGCGUCUGGAGAUUUCAAUUUCACCACUCGACACGCAAGAUAAGGCGUCGGCUAAGGGCUUUACUCGUAUCGAUCUAGGCAGCGGUGUUCAUUUGAAUUGGCCAGAAGAUCGUCAGAUAGCCGCCAGUGCUUGCGAGAAGCACACCAACAGCUCUUAGACGCCUCGCGUUCGAUCUUUUUCGAUGAAAGAUACGGAGAAAGAUCCAUCGCUCGAAGUACCGGAUGCUCCAGAUGAGGCUGCAUUUACUAAGGAGUCGGCUAGUAUCUGGAAGAGGUUCGUUGUUGGGUCCAGCGACGCGUCUGCCGAGAAUAAAACGAAGAGGGCAAUGCAGAGCAGACACCUGAUGAUGAUCGCAAUCGGAGGGACCAUUGGGACGGGUAUUUUUUUGAGCGCUGGAUCUGCUAUCGCUUUGGCCGGUCCAGGAAGUGCUCUGCUCUCGUAUUUUGUCGUCGGGGUGUUUGUAUACAGUGUCGUGAUCAGUUUGGGCGAAAUGUCUGCCAUGUUCCCCGUAUCCGGUGCUUUCUCCACCUUUGGUAGCAGAUUCGUCUCUCCCGCGUUAGGAUUUACGUUAGGGUGGAAUUACUGGUUUCAAUGGAGUCUUUCAAUACCCAGCGAGCUGACUGCAGCUGCGGUCAUCUUACAGUUUUGGGCGCCGCAAGUGCAGGCCUGGGAAUGGGCGCUCGUCAUCAUCGUCCCUGUUUUCUUACUUCAACUGAUUCACGUUCGAGUUUACGGAGAGUCCGAGUACUGGUUUGCACUCGUCAAGGUCCUUAUGAUUAUAGUGUUCAUCUUUGCCGGGCUCAUCUACGACUGGGGUGGAGUAAAAGGUCAUCCUGGACCCGGUUUGUCGAAUUUUCAAAACGGCCAAGCGUUCAUCGGCGGCUUUCAAAAUUUCGCUCAGACAUUCGUCUACGCCUUUUACUCUUUCGGCGGUGUUGAACUGGUGGCAGUUGCCGCAGGGGAGUCCGUUCAACCACAUAAAACUGUUCCUCGAGCCAUCAAGGCUACUUUCGUCCGGAUAGUCCUUUUCUACAUUUUGACCAUCCUGACAAUUGGACUUUGCAUUAACUGGCAAGACCCUACCUUGCUCAACGCAGCAUAUGACUCGGAUGUGACAGCGUCUCCACUGACUGUGGUGUUCCAGCGUGCCGGGUUCGGCGCAGCUGCCCACGUCGUCAAUGCCGUCCUCUUGACCGCGGUUUUAUCCGCCACAAAUUCGUGUUUCUAUGCGAGUUCACGUAUGCUUCUCUCAUUGGCCAGAUCUGGUCAGGCCCCUCGUGUCUUUGGCUGGGUAAAUAGUCGAGGCGUUCCCGUGCCUGCACUCCUCAUGGCGCUCGCAGUAUCAUCUAUGACGUUUCUUACAACAAUCUGGGGAGAGGGCAUCGUGUUCACUUGGUUGCUCAA